AGUUCAGUUUCGAAGUCGACGCGAUUGCCAACAGAAGACGCGACCGGAGAGUUCGAGUCCCCACUUUGUGGUCAAGUCCCCAACUAACAACUAACCUAAGCCCGAUUAAAAUCGGUGUGCCUAUCUAUCUUCUAUCUAUCGCUAUCUCCACCAUCCGGCUAUCAGUUUCGAAGUUUAGUCGCCGCGCAGUGAACCGAACCUCUUGGCAGAGCGGCGUAAUUUAAUCAGAUUAACGCAAACUCAACUUAUAUGAGAAAACUUUGAGAACUUUUUGAAAGUGUAUAAACAAAUCGCGCAACUUACUCAUACGCCCCAUUGAACGGCAGAGAAAAGACCCAAACAAAAAGUACACACAUCCGCAAAAAGUAAAAGUAAUAAUUGCCAAAGAGCUCAAAACGAAAGAACAUCUUAACAGCCAGAUAAUCGUGCAAAUAAACGGGCGUCCAAAGGCGCACUAAAUCUAUAAAUACUAUAUAGAACCACUAUAAAAAAAGACAUUUAAAACGGAAAGAAAGAAAGAACACAAAGCAACUGAAAUGGAUCACAAAGAAAUCGCAAGUGAAGUGCGAGGUGAGCUAAAUCUACGCACAGCAUUCGAUUUACUAGACAGAAACCGUGACGGACGCGUGACGGCCAACGAGCUGCAGUUUAUGCUCAAGAACCUGGGCAUAAAUGUGCGUGAUGAAAUCAUACACGAUCUCAUACGUGAGGCGAGCCAUUCAGGAAACGGCUUAAUCAACGAGGCCGAGUUCCUGCAAUGGGUGGGCAGGAUUCAGGCGCUGCGCGACGAGCAGCAGCAGCACGAUGAGAACCCCAGCAACAGCAAACCCCUGGACGAGGCCGAUGAUGUCACCGAGGACUUGAUAGCCGCAUUUAGAGUAUUCGAUCGGGAUGGGAAUGGAUUCAUAACGCGCGACGAGCUUCAGACCGCCAUGGAAAUGAUUGGCGAGCCCUUGAACGAACAGCAGCUGGAGCAGCUGCUGGUCAUAGCCGAUUUGGAUCAGGAUGGUCGCAUCAAUUACGAGGAAUUUACGAGACUUUUGCUGUAAGCAAUUUCAGCCCGGAAUGGGAGGCGUGGUCAGCAAACAAAAAGCUACAAAAAUUAUAAAUGGAAAACAAUGGAAGAGGUUAACCAUUUAACAUGCAUACACAAGUGUUAAGCUUUUAUGGAUAUACUCAGACAAGCGGAAAAUUAUUAUGAGAAAGAACAUUUGCAGAGUGAAAAUUUGCAAACAAAAAAUUAUUUAAUAUUUUAUACAAAACUAAAGGAUGAAUUAUAUUUAUACAGAAAGGCGUGGAGGAAAGUGCAAGGCAGAUCAUACACAAACACACACACACAUACAUAUUACAUAAAGUAGUUUGGAAAGUUUUUUCGAUUGUAAAAAGUAAUUUAUUCAUUUAAGUUAAUGCAGCAAGAACCACCAAAAUUAAGUGAAAAACUUUAGGAUUUAUUUUUGUAAGUUUUGUCGAAAAAUGGUUUAUAAAUUAUACACACAAUCACACACACAGAGAACACACACACCAUACACAUAACAAAAGAAAGAAAAAAAAAACAGAACAUAUAUAUUUCAUAUUCGGAUAAGUCUGAGAGCGUGAGUGAUAUUGUGUUUAGGGUGAUGGAUGCAUCAACAAGGUACAUGCAUACAUAAUAAUAAAAUAUUUAAUAAAAAAAUCUAAAAUUAUGAAGAGGUUCCCCAGCUGGGAUUCCAUAUAUUUGUAUCUUAUUAAAUAUAGUUACAUAUGCUGCUUUCAAUGUAUGCGUGUUUCAAAAUCCCCCAACAAAAAAGUUGUUUUCAAAAUGUUGUUAGAAUAAGAAAAUAAAUGUUAACAAUUUAUUUAAGAAAAAGUCCACAAGAAAACUUAUUUCAAUUGCAAAAUGUACUUGAAAAGAAAGGAAACCCCAGAAUUAUAUGGAUAACCAUAAAGAAGAAUUAUUGUAUUCAUGAAACAGCCCAAGUAGAGGAUGAACAUUGAUUGAUACAGUUCAAAGUCUAGUCAAAUUAAUUUUUUAAUAAUUUCUUUAGGAUUCUGUUUGUUUGAUUCAAAGCCAAAAUUCAAAGUCCAUUACAUAUUGCCGUCCCGGCUUAGCCAUGGUUCAAAAAGUAAUACGAGUAAUAACUUUUUUU